GCUGGGAAGAAAGGUCAAGAAUCGAGGCACGGAUUCACUGCUGCAACAAAGAUUAUCACUUUAUACAACUAACUUGUCCGACUGGAGGAAAAUACUUUGUGAUUUCACACGAGACAAGUGAUUCUUGCUUUAUAAGAUAAAACAGACAGUACAUGAGGUUUUUAUAUUUACGUUUAUCUUAGUUUCAUUCGGUUUAGCUGCCGUUAGCUUGCUAGCAUUAGCAACUGCAUUGUUAUUGUUUUCGCUUCAGUAGCGUCCAUAAAGCAGAUGCCCUGAGGUCCGCCAGCCGAGCCGAGGCAGGGGUCCGGCCAGCCCGGGUGAUGUUGUUUUGUCCGUACCGGGAAAAUGGAUGAAAGGUCCAGCAGCAGCAUCAGACACCACCGGGUCCUGAUCGUCCUGCUCAUGGUGUUGCUCUUUGGCAUCAUUAUGACCCAGUAUGUGUGCCCCAGCAGGUCUGAGUGCCAGAUGCUGCACCACCUGGGCUCCUGGUUUAAAGACGGGGCUGCAACUGGUUCCAGGAGCGGUGGGGGCAAUGAAAUCCAGGACGGGCUGCAAAGGGAUCCGUACAUCGCUGAAGAUGGUGCCCUGGUUCGCUUUAUCCCCCGAUUCAAUUUCACCCAGGCCGAUUUAAAUCGUGGUGUAGACUUCAACAUCAAAGGGGAUGAUGUGAUAGUGUUUCUGCACAUUCAGAAAACAGGUGGCACCACGUUUGGUCGACACCUGGUGCGUAAUAUCCAGCUGGAAAGGCCUUGUGAGUGCCACGCAGGUCAGAAGAAGUGUACCUGUUUGCGGCCAGGUAAAAUGGAAACCUGGCUGUUCUCCCGGUUCUCCACCGGAUGGAGCUGCGGGCUUCACGCGGACUGGACCGAGCUGACCAGCUGCGUCCCGUCCCGCAUGGACUCACGAGAGGCUCCCGAGACACAGCCCAGUAGAAACUAUUAUUAUAUAACCAUCUUAAGAGACCCAGUUUCACGCUUCCUGAGUGAGUGGCGUCACGUGCAGCGGGGGGCUACAUGGAGGGCGUCCUUACACGUGUGUGAUGGACGUUCACCGACGCUGUCUGAGCUGCCGAGCUGUUACUCAGGGGACGACUGGUCUGGCUGCUCCCUGCAGGAGUUCAUGGACUGCCCCUACAACCUAGCCAACAACCGGCAGGCCCGCAUGCUGGCUGACCUCAGCCUGGUGGGCUGCUACAACGUUUCCACCAUGAGCGACGACGAGCGCUGGGCGUUGCUUCUGGAGAGCGCCAAACGUAACCUACGAGGCAUGGCCUUCUUUGGGCUGACCGAGUACCAGCGUAAAACCCAGUAUCUGUUUGAGCGUACCUUCAAUCUGGAGUUCAUUGCACCCUUCACGCAGCUUAACGGCACACGCGCCUCCAGCGUUGAUGUCCCAUCUGAGGCACAACACAAAAUCCUCCAGCUGAACCGAUGGGAUGUAGAGCUGUACGAGUACGCCCGUGACCUUUUCUUGCAGCGCUUCCAGGUGGCGAGGCAGCAGGAGCGCAGGCAGGCCAGGGCGAGGCGGCAGCAGGAGAGGAGGCGGCUCCGUGGAAGAAUCACGACAAAGCAAGGGAGGCUGCUGAAGCCCACAGAACCCCCCCGUCAGCCAGCGAGUAGCUCUGCAGGCGCUGAGGAGCCACCGAGGGGGAAAGCUGGCGGGGACAAUGUGGCGUCAGAGGUGCCGCUCCCAGACUGGUGGGAACAGGAUGAGAACGGCACCAUGGAGGAUUACAUGGACAAUGUGGAGCAGUGGAAGUGACGGGAGUGAGCAGAAGGCUGUCUUAAUACUAUGUGUGCCAAGCUCUGCCUUUUUGGUUGUUAAUGAAUCAAAGUUAUUUUUAAUAUACGCCUUCCACUACAUUUUAUUUUUGUUCACCAUGAACAAAUUGCACACGUAUUUAUUGGUACUGAUUGUAUUUCUUUGACACAACUGACAUUCAUAAUGAAUAGUUUUUCUUUCACAGAAAGAAAGGCUGGUCUAGGUAGCUGCAAACCUUCCUCCUUCAGUGAUCACACACACCUUCUGCACUUGUCUCCUCAGCACAGUUGCAUACAAACUUUUUAGGUUACGGUUGCCCUAAAUUUGCAUUAAAUCACCACAGGGAUCGUCUUAUGAUGUGUUUGUACUUAGCAAUUUAAGUAUUUAAGUAUGUCCUUAGUAGCCAUUUUAAAAGGAUCCAUACCAAUCUAGUGUGAAGUAAUGUGUAGAAAAUAAGACCAUUGCAUAUUUUUGGUGAUUGGAGAGGAGAUAUCAGAGCACACUGGAUAAUGAGCAAAGUGGUACUUUUGAAAGAGUAUAGAUUUAAUAUUCAACCUCGUAUUAUAUUAAACAUUUUGAUUAUAUUAUAUACAGUGUCAUAUUCUUCGAGGUAAACAACAUGCUCAUCUUCUGCACAGUUUUCGCUUUCUUUUCGUGUUAUCUUUGCUUUCCAUUUGGAGUAGUACAGCUAACCUUGAAAAUAAAGCUGAAAAGUAAUGUUAAAGGAUGAUCAUGUGAUUGAAGCUUAACCAUUGUAACUCAAGUUAAAUUUGUGCUGUGCUACUGUUAUGAUUACAGACCAUGAAAGCCUUAGUCUGAACACUUGGGCAAGGAGUGUUAUUCUUCUCAAUGAACACUUGAGAUUAGAAUAAUAUUUGACAUAUGGGACAAACUUAAGUUUGAAACUCAAAGGUAGUUUAUGCAACUUGGCACUGGUUUUUUAACACUAAUGUGAUGUUGCUUGGAAAAAGGGGGUGUUUCUUUUAUUUACUUUGUUAAAAAGAACAAUGAACAAUGUGAUACUUGUUUCUAUCAAUAAUGUGAUACUGUUUGUGAUUUACAAUCUAUAUGUUUGCCAAAUUGUUAUCUUGUCUAAUAUGUAUACAUUUUAAAAUGUACCUGUGAUUUUAAGUGUCUUUUAAGUAACAGAAAAGGAGAAUUUUCCAUAGAUACCUCAUUGUGAAGCAUUAAAUACUAAUGUUGUAAAAGGACUGAAUGUGACCCAAUGCUCAAUCUUUUAUAUAAAAUGCUUUUACAUGAAUUGUU